CACACACACGCAUAUCAGCUUCCUUCUCAAAUCUUCAUUUCCAUUUUAUAGAUUACCUUCUCUUUCUCUCUCUUGUUUCUCUCACUACAAUGCUCUGUUGAUCUCACUUUCAUGUCUCACCCCACCAAACGCUUGUCCAGCAGCCGCUCCAACACCAACGCCGCCGCCGCCAGCUCCUCCUCAUCCUUCUCCACCGCCGCCGCCACAAACGGACCUCCGAUGAAGAAGACCAAAUCCCAGGCCAUGGCCUGCUCUCUCGACCCCAACAAGAAUGGCCUCCACCACAACAACCAGGACAACAACGACGUCGUAUUCGACCCCUCCAUGGCUCUCGACGAAGAUCCCAAGCCGUCCGACGGCGCCGCCGCCAAUUUGUCCCGCAAGAAGGCUACCCCUCCCCAUCCCCCCGGCAAGAAGUUCGUUAUCAAGUUCAACAAAGACAAAGAAAAACCAAAAUUGCCCGUAAAUUUUGAAGACGAAACAUGGGCAAAGCUGAAGUCAGCUAUUUGUGCUAUAUUCUUGAAGCGACGUGAUUCUUGUGAUUUGGAGAAGCUUUAUCAGGCUGUUAAUAAUCUAUGCCUGCACAAGCUGGGGGCCAAUCUUUAUCAACGGAUUGAAAGAGAAUGUGAAACACAUAUAGCUGCAGCAUUGCGAGCCUUAGUUGGCCAAAGCCCUGAUUUGGUGGUUUUUCUGUCCCUCGUUGAGAGAUGCUGGCAGGAUCUAUGUGACCAGAUUUUGAUGAUACGUGGAAUAGCCUUAUAUUUAGAUAGGACAUAUGUGAGACAAACACCAAAUGUGCGUUCGUUGUGGGACAUGGGCUUGCAACUUUUCCGCAAGCAUCUUUCUUUGUCUCAAGAAGUAGAGCACAAAACUGUUACUGGUCUGUUAAGAAUGAUUGAACAAGAAAGAUUAGGUGAAGCAGUGGACAGGGCUCUUCUUAACCAUCUUCUGAAGAUGUUUACUGCAUUAGGAAUUUACUCGGAAAGUUUUGAAAAGCCAUUUCUUGAGCGCACUUCUGAAUUUUAUGCUGCUGAAGGCAUGCAAUACAUGCAGCAAUCAGAUGUUCCAGAUUACCUGAAGCAUGUGGAGACAAGGUUACAUGAAGAACAUGAGAGAUGCUUGCUCUAUCUGGAUGCUAGCACAAGAAAGCCAUUAAUAGCAAGUGCAGAAAAGCAGCUUCUUGAACGCCAUAUAUCCGCUAUUCUUGACAAGAGGUUCAUGAUGCUGAUGGAUGCCAAUCGUAUUGCGGACCUUCAAAGGAUGUACAAUCUCUUUACCAGAGUAAAUGCUCUUGAAUCAUUAAGGCAAGCCCUUAGCUCAUACAUCCGGAGGACAGGUCAGGGCAUUGUCAUGGAUGAAGAGAAAGAUAAAGAUAUGGUUUCCUCCCUUUUGGAAUUUAAGGCUUCUCUCGACACGAUAUGGGAAGAAAGCUUUUUCAAGAAUGAAGCCUUUUGCAAUACCAUAAAGGACGCAUUUGAGCAUCUCAUUAAUUUGCGCCAGAACCGACCUGCUGAACUAAUUGCCAAGUUCCUAGAUGAGAAGCUUCGUGCUGGGAAUAAGGGUACCUCCGAAGAGGAAUUGGAGGGCACACUUGAUAAAGUCUUGGUUUUGUUCAGGUUUAUACAGGGCAAAGAUGUAUUUGAAGCUUUUUACAAGAAGGAUCUUGCAAAAAGGCUACUUUUGGGCAAAAGUGCUUCUAUUGAUGCAGAGAAGUCUAUGAUCUCUAAGUUGAAGACCGAGUGUGGCAGUCAAUUCACAAACAAACUUGAAGGAAUGUUUAAGGACAUCGAAUUAUCAAAAGAGAUAAAUGAGUCGUUCAAACAAUCAUCCCAGGCAAGGACAAAACUUCCAUUGGGUAUUGAGAUGAGUGUUCACGUCCUAACUACAGGGUAUUGGCCAACAUACCCUCCCAUGGAUGUUAGACUCCCUCAUGAACUGAAUGUUUACCAGGACAUUUUCAAGGAGUUUUACUUAAGCAAGUACAGUGGAAGACGUUUAAUGUGGCAAAAUUCAUUAGGUCACUGUGUUUUAAAAGCCGAGUUUCCUAAAGGCAAAAAGGAGCUUGCAGUUUCACUUUUUCAGACUGUUGUUCUCAUGCUGUUUAAUGACGCUGAGAGGCUGAGCUUUGAAGAUAUUAAAGACUCCACUGGCAUCGAGGAUAAGGAACUAAGAAGAACUUUGCAGUCUCUUGCAUGCGGAAAAGUUAGAGUCCUGCAAAAGUUGCCAAAAGGGAGAGACGUGGAAGACAAUGAUGCAUUUGUAUUCAACGAAGCGUUUAGUGCUCCUCUUUACCGUAUCAAGGUAAAUGCAAUCCAGAUGAAGGAGACAGUGGAGGAGAACACAAGCACCACUGAAAGAGUAUUCCAAGAUCGUCAAUAUCAGGUUGAUGCUGCUAUUGUUCGGAUAAUGAAGACUAGAAAAGUUCUAAGUCACACUCUUCUGAUUACCGAACUUUUCCAACAGCUAAAGUUUCCGAUAAAACCGGCCGAUUUGAAGAAGAGAAUUGAAAGCCUUAUAGACAGGGAGUACCUAGAACGGGACAAGAACAACCCCCAAAUUUACAACUACUUGGCAUAAUCAUCCUUUUUCGUACCUCCUUGUAAAUGACUUGGGUGAGCUUCCGUCCUCAGAAAGGAGGCAGAAUCUUCAAUCCCUUGUCUGAUUAAUGUACAGUAACUUUGUAGUUUUUUUCAUUUUUGUUGAGAUCAACUCUGAUUGUAAAUUAUUUUGAGUCUGUUCUUUCAAAUUUGUAUUCCUAUCAUGAAGUCUGAAUUGAUUUUCAGUUUCUUGGAAACAGGAUCAUUGAAGGACAACCGAAAAAAAGGGGAAGGGUAUACUUGCAUUUCUUGUUAUCUUUUUGUUUCUAGUUACCUUUACAUCUAAGCUACAUUUCACUCUUACCAACAUUACUUUCUUCCAUUUUUGCCCAAAAUACAAUCGUACUUUCGUCUUA